AAUCAUUUCCUGCUUCUUAAGAGGAAGCAAGCUUUACUUAGAAAAAACCAACUACCUGUCUGCAUAUCCCAACCAUUCGCUUGCCUACGAUAAUUUCAUCUACUUUAAUCGGAAUGAAUUAAAAAAAUCAUGCAAAAGCAACAUUAUUGUGAUUUGGAGCUAAUAGGACAAGGUAGCUUUGGAUCUGUCUUCAAAGCUAUAAAUGUUGAAACAUCCAAACCAGUAGCUCUUAAAGUAGUAGAUUUAGACGCGACCACUGAUCAGGUUGAGUCUCUUACUCGAGAAAUCAAUUUUUUGAUUGGACUGAACUCGCCAUUUAUUACUAGAUAUUAUGAGUCUUUUCUGGAUGGAACACGAUUAUGGAUAAGCAUGGAGUACUGCGAUGGAGGAAGCUGUACAGAGCUAUUGAAGACAGUAGGAAAAUUUCCGGAACAGGUAAUUGCAGAGAUCCUUAAGCACAUAUUAGAGGCCUUGGUGUAUUUGCAUGGUCAAGGUAAAAUGCAUCGCGAUAUAAAAGCUGCCAACAUCCUAACUACGCAGGACGGAGGAGUGAAGUUGGCUGACUUUGGUGUUUCAGGUCAAUUACAGAAUUUCUACGAUAAGAAUGAUGAUUUUGUAGGCACCCCAUUUUGGAUGGCUCCAGAAGUUGUCAAACAAACGGGCUAUAAUGCCAAAGCGGACAUAUGGUCUUUGGGCAUCACGGCUUUCGAAUUAGCGCAUGGAGAGCCUCCUUACUCUGGAAUACAUCCUAUGAAGGUUUUACUUUUGAUUCCAAAACACGCUCCCCCAUCAUUAGAUAGAUCAUCCUUUAGUCCAGCAUUCUGCGAUUUUGUUGAUUUGUGCCUUCGAAAAAACCCACAAGAACGCCCUACAGCAAUGAAGCUUUUGGAGCAUAAAUUUAUAAAGAAAUAUAGCUCCAAAGAUACUCUGAAAAUAAUUAUCCAAACCUACUCUAAAUGGAAGUCUACCGAUCAAGCUUCCGACUAUGCCUCUCCAUACAAUGGUUCAGAUAUAUUUAAAAAUUCUGCUACCGUGAAUAAUGUGGUAUGGGAUUUUGGAACAGUAUCCAGGUAGCCAUUUACAUGAGUUGAAAUGACCAUGCAAUAAUGAUUAAUAACUACUUUAGUUUUCUUUCUUUUCUAGACUUGAGUUAACAUUUAAACAAAUUCAUUUACUGAUAUCAGGCCCUAAAGCGCUGACCUUAAGACAUUACAAUAUAAAGAAGCUUUAUGAGGAUUAGACUCAUUAACCUUUAAUUAUUGAGGGACUUGUUCUAUAAAAUUAUGAGUUGUGUCCGCUCAGCGAAUAAGCCUUGAAAUAGAUGCUGAGACAGAG